AUGUCUGCUUUGGGAGGUGUUCAAGGAUACGGCCCUUCAAGUGGGCACGGCGAAAUCGAUGAGUCAGAGCAAGAACCACCGAGCAGCCAGCAGAGAUAUGGCUACAACUCCGAUGACAGUGAUAACGACCUUAUGUACGAGGCCACCUACUCUAUAGAUGAAGAGGCCGAGACCGAGACCGAGGGAGAGGCGGAAGAAGAUGCGGAGGGAGAGGAGGAGUUGGAGGGAGAGACGCAGGGAGAGGCGAUGAAGGACGGAGACAUCAAGCUGCUGGCGAAGGUAGAAAGGGCUAAACCUAUGCAGAAGGCCAUUCAAGUGCGUAAGGCGGCAGGCGAUAGCGCCAGGCCGUAUCCUGAACUCGUAAUCCCUCCCACCGUCCGCAGGAAUAAGAUUGAUCCCAUGGAGCGCCUUCGGAUGUCGCCGGUCGAGAAUCCUGAAGCCCAGAAUCCCAAAGCAGGCAAAGGGACCUGGCUGCGUCGUAGGAUGGGAAUCCCCAGUGGAAUCCCGCUGAGAGACCAAAAUAGGGCGGCCACAGCCUUAUACACCAAAGUGCGGACGCUCUCAAAGCAGGAGUUGGAUCGCCCUUACACAUGGUAUUCAACACAAGGCCUUACCACUGACAUGAUCAACCGAGUCGUGGCUGGCAUGUAUAAAUACAGCUGGGAUAAACGCCUUGCCAGAGAUGUAAUGAUGAGCAUCUGCCAGAGACGCUGCCAGAACAUCAACAGGCGCGAAAAUCGGGCGAGGCGCGCAGCUGGCGAGGAGAUCAAACUUGGACGCCGAAAAACCGACUACUCAGCCACCUACGACGACCCGAUGGACUUUGUGCCGACGAUGAAAGCCCCCACCUACAAUGACCCGAACGACAAGCUUAUAGCGAAUAUGAAAGACCUUCCCGUAAAUGAUCCGACCGACGAGAUUUUAGCGAAUUUGAGGGCCCCCAUCUACAAGGACCCGACGGACAAGCUUAUAGCGAAUAUGAGAGCCCUUCCCGAAAAUGACCCGAUCGACAAGAUUCUACCGAAUUUCAGAGCCCUUCCCGAUAAUUCGCCUAUUACCACAUCAGCCAAACAGCGCAAAGCCAACUCGGUCGACAAGAUUCUACCGAAUUACAGAGCCCUUCCCGAUAAUUCGCCUAUAACAUGGUCAGCCAAACAGCGCGGAGCCAAAAUGGGCCCGAUUCCCUACACGGCUACAAGCCAGAGAAAGGGAAGGAUUGACAAGAAAAAGACACCACGGGCCCUACCUCCUUCGCCGCACGUCCCCGGACGGCGUAUAGCCGGCCCUGACCACGUGGCUCCAAGUUCCGCCGAUCGCAAACCUCUCAAUACCUCCACGGUCUCAAUACUGGUUGCUGCUGACGAUUAUGACCUCUUCAUGCAGGCUAUCGCAAAGGGUCAGGUCCGCCAUACAAAUGGAAUGAUCAACAUCACCUUGACCUUGGAGAACAAGCAAUCAACUGGCUCAGAUCCGGAGGGUGACGAAGGCAUUCAGGUUCAUUCGAGUUCUGCACAGCCUGUCACCGACUCACCGGUUAUUCGAAAGCGCAAACCUAACGGCAAAGCGAUGGAAGUUGCUGAGACAGAGACCCAAGAUCGUGGCACCUCCCAGACACUAGUUCCCAGAUAUCCGUCACACACAUUGAAGAGGGUAUCCUCCGAAGAAGACAGUGCCAAGGCCCGAGGCAAUAAGCGGAUAGUGAAGCCCACUAAUUGA